AAAAUGUAAAUAAACAAAUGCAUAUGUAGAAAUGCGAUAAUAAUCAGACCACUUAAUUAAUUAAUUAAAUAGAAAUGAGGAAACUCAUUGUUUGCACAAUAACUUAAGGGAAAGAUGUGACAAUACACUGCAUUUUUACCACACCAUUUUAUUGAUUAAAUAUUUUGUUUUCUAUUAUAUAUUUAAAAAAAAUUCAGAUGCAUUUUCCUUAAAAUUCCUCAAAAAUCAUGUUAAGUUUUAUAAGGUUUAGAAUUGUAAUAUCUCCAUUAGUAAAACACAAUUUAAGAAGAAUGACACCUCAAGUUCAACAAAUAACUACUGAAGUAAUAAAAAAUCCCUUGGCUUGCAUAGUGCAGCCAAAUGAUUUCCCUCUACAGUCAAAAACUUAUGAAUUUUGCCAAGAGUAUAUGAGUCUACCUUCUCAGCAAAGAAUAGAAAUGUUAAAAGAACUUGCUGUUAAAUAUGAAUUUGAUAGAGAUGCUACCAGAAAAGCUGCUGAGUCUUAUUUAACUUCUCAUGAUAAAGGAACAGCUUCGCAACUCAAAGCUGCUGACAGACUCAAGUCUACUUUGUCUCCUAAUUAUGCUUAUGCGUUCAAUCGUAUACGCAAAAUAGAUGGUGGUGUUAAAUUUUUGGUUGAUUUAAGAGAAGAUCUUCUCAAAUUCUUACCUUCUCUGGAUUACAAUGAUGAUGCCACACACCAUUUAAAAGGUCUCAAUAAUUAUUUGAAAGAAAUUUUAUCAUUUUCUUUUAAUAUUGGAUUCCUAAAUGUGGAAAGGAUCACAUGGGAUUCUUCCUGUAAUAUGCUCGAAAAGAUCUCACUUUAUGAAGCUGUUCAUCCUAUUAGAAAUUGGACUGACAUUAAACAGCGUGUUGGUCCUUAUAGAAGAUGUUAUAUUUUUACUCAUAACAGCAUGCCAAAAGAACCCAUUGUUGUUUUGCAUACAGCUCUGACUAAUGAAAUCUCAUCAUGCGUUAAACCAUUUGUGCGACAAGACAGGAAACAUUUGAAUGAUAAAGUUAUUUCUCAAUCAAAAUGUGAAAAAGAAGAUCCAAAUAAUAUACAAGCUGCUAUUUUUUAUUCCAUUACAUCUACUCAAAAAGGCUUACAUGGUAUUGAGUUAGGAAACCAGUUAAUUAAGAAAGCUGUUCAAGAGGUUUUGUCUGAGUUCCCACACGUUAGUAAAUUUUCAUCUUUAUCUCCCAUUCCUGGUUUCCGAGACUGGUUGCUGUUGGAGAUACGUAAAUUGAAAAAUGGAACUUCUAUAAUUACAAGCUUCUUCUCCGAACAAGACAUUCAAAAUGUAAGAAGCAUAAUUUCUAAUGUUACAUCUUCUGAAGUGUGGAAUGCCCUGAAUGUAGCUAUAGCAUCGAACAAAUGGAUAGUUAAUGAACAGUUGCGAGAAGCACUUCAACUUCCACUGAUGAAAACCUGUGCUCAUUACCUUUACAAAGAAAAGAGAAGAAAUAAUGCCUUAAACAGUGUUGCUCAUUUUCAUUUAAGAAAUGGAGCUGUUCUUUGGCGUCUAAACUGGGAAGCAGACCUCUCACCACGUGGUUUAGACAACUCAUGUGGAAUGAUGGUGAAUUACAGAUAUUAUCUGGAAGACACAGAGAUUAACAGUAAACAAUAUAUGGAAGAUCAUUAUAUCAGCAUAUCAGAUGAUAUUAAAAGUCUUCUCAAUCCUCCUUACAACAAAUCCUCUCUGUAAAAUUCUGUAAGUUCCUGAGAUUUUGUUUAUGGUAAAGGAAAACUUUUGUGAAUUUUAUUGUCUGUUCUAAUGAGUGGUGCUAUUUUAAACUUUAAUAAAAAUAGUGUAACCUUUAUAAUUAACCUGUUUAUCCAGUCAUUGUGAUAUAAAUAUUUUAAAUUGAUUAACUAAAAUAACAUGUUUAGAACAUUUUUUGGGGCACUUUUUUACAUUUUAGAAUAUAUUUUUGUAAUAUGUAUUUUUUAAUUUAAUUUUUUAUCACUAAUUUUGUAUGUUUUUUUUCUGUUUGUAAUAACUCUAAUUUAAGAGAACCAGUAAAAAUUUUCGACCCAUUGUAAGUUACACUAAGUAAUACACUAUAGUAACACUAUAGUAAUUUGAGUCAUCUUAAAAA